CGGCGCGGCGCCUUCGCGUCCGCGGCGGCCAACGGCAGCGCGCUGGACGCGGCGGCCGCGCUGUCGCUGUCCGCCAACGCCAUCCGCGAGGUGGAGGCGGACGCCUUCGCGGGGCUCCCGCACCUGCGCGUCCUCGACCUGAGCCACAACCGGCUGGAGCGCGUGUCCCGCGGCGCCUUCCGAGGCCUGCGGGAGCUGCGCACGCUGUGCCUCAACGAGUCCAUCGUCCCCGAGGCGGCCGCGCAGCUGGCGGCCGCGCUGGGCGCCGGCGACCUGCGCGACCUCCACCGGCUGGAGCUGGCGGGCAACCGGCUCCGGGGCGUGCCCCUGGCCGCCCCGCACACCUUCGGGCUGCUGCACCAGCUGGUCCUGGUCAACAAUUCCAUCCGGAGCCUGGGCCGGGAGGACGUGAGCGGGCUGGAGCGCCAGCGGCGCGUCCGCGUCUACCUGGCGCGCAACCCCUUCCGCUGCGCGUGCGAGCUGGAGGCCUUCUACUGGUGGCUGAAGAACGCCUCGCAGUGCCCCGACGCCGCGCUGCUGCGCUGCGCCGAACCCGAGGCCCGCCGCGGGCUGCCGGUGGAGCGGCUGCGCCCCGAGGACGUGGACUGCCUCAACGAGAACCUGGAGGCCGUGUCCUACGUGUUCCUGGGCAUCGUGCUCGCCCUCAUCGGACUGGUGUUCCUCAUGGUGCUCUACCUGAACCGCGGCGGGAUCAAGCGCUGGCUCAACAACAUUCGCGAAGCCUGCCGGGACCAGAUGGAGGUCUACCACUACCGCUACGAGCAGGACUCGGACCCGCGGCUUGCCAACGUGGCCGUCUGAGACCCUCCCCCCCCCAAAAGACUCGAGACCGAGAGCACGGGGGUUACUCGUGUACCUAUAGUAUACGCUACUAUCCACUUUUCUUUGUCAUAGUGACCACCGAAUCAGAUUUGCUCGCGUGAAACCACUCGGAUGUCUGGGUAUACAAAUACAGCGCCCCUUUGCGAGAAUGUGCAAAAGAAACAUCCCGGAGAAGAUGCUCUCCAUUUGCUCACCCAGGAACGGUGAUUACGAUUGCUCAAUUUGGUGCGCUUGUUUUUUUGUGUGUCAAGAAACUUUGUUGAAAUGAGGAUAGGAGCUUUUUCAUGCUAUUGGUCGCAGCGCUCAGUCUUCCUGGGAAACCUGGCGGUCAUUCAUGGCCACAACUGAGUAUCAUUUAGCAUCUGUGUUGUGGCCGCAAUUGCAUUUUUAAUUGUUUUUUUUCGGUAGUUGCCCCCUCUCGUGACACGUAGGACUAAUGCAGCGUUUUGUCCCCUGUCGGGCUUUUUAUAGAGCUCAAGAUAGAGCCUGCGGUAGUAAAAAUCAAGUUGGCCAUGGGGAUUUACGCCUUCAACAAUCCCAAACGCGACAAUACUUCAAUUUGAUACCGAAGCAACCACGUGAUAUUUUCCAAAGGCGGCCUUCACUCAACAAAACAGGACUUUCACUUCCGCAUGCUGCCGACGUACACACACACACACACACACACACACACAC